AUUGUUUCGCGUUGAGUGUAUAAUUUUGAGCCGUAGCAACAUGUGCCUUGUGUUUUCAAGUGGGGAGUGAGUUUUCCUUGUUCGGCGUCUGAGCGCUAGAGGGCGGCAGCGGUUUGCGCGCGGCUUUCCCCGCGCCCAAUCGAUAUGGAGCACUCCCGACUGCCUGUCACCCCUCACGUCACAGCCGCCAGCGCGCCGCGACGCACACCACCAAUGGAGGUUACUAGCGCCAAAUAAAAACCUCUCCGAAAAUGUAUCGCGUUUCAGACUGUACGUGAUAGAAAAACUGUGGCGACAAAACUGAUAGCCGACGCGUGUGUCACAAAGUGGUCUUGCUUUCAUGUUUUUCCUGUAACAAGUGUUAAUUGGGAGAGAAAAUGCAUCUCCAUUUCGAGAGGAACGUUAAUGCGAAGUGUGACUGCACGAUACUGUCGCUGUCGUGGAUGGGGAAGGUGCCCGACGAACUGCCAGAGGAGGAGGGCUGGAAGCUGAACCGCAACAACUACUACCAGGAGGGCUGGCUGGCGACGGGCAACGUGCGCGGCGUGGUCGGCGUCACGUUCACCUCCUCGCACGCGCGCCGCCCCAGCGAGCUGCCUCUGCGGACCAACUACAACUUGAGGGGGCACCGCUCUGAUGUGAUCCUGGUGAAAUGGAACGAGCCCUACCAGAAGCUGGCCUCCUGUGACAGCUCUGGCGUGAUCUUCGUGUGGAUCAAGUACGAGGGGCGCUGGAGCAUCGAGCUGAUCAACGACCGGAGCACGCCUGUCACACACUUCUCGUGGUCGCACGACGGCCGAAUGGCGCUUAUUUGCUACCAGGACGGCUUCGUGCUCGUGGGUUCCGUGGCCGGGCAGCGCUACUGGUCGUCGAUGCUGUCGCUGGACGCGCGCAUCACGUGCGGCUGCUGGACGCCGGACGACGCGCAGGUGUACCUCGGCACGGCAUCCGCGCAGCUCGUGGUCAUGGACGUGCAUGGGGCUAUGGUGUCGCAGGUCCAGUUAGUAGCAGAAGGCGGCAUAAUCUCCAUGGCGUGGUCGUGCGAAAAGUUCAAGAUGGAGGAAGGGGAGGAGGGCGCGGAGAGCGGGGGGGGACACGUGUUGGCCGUGGCCCUGGGCAACGGGGAGAUCGUGUUGCUACGGGGACACGAUGACGUCAGCCCCGUGCGGGUGCGGACAGGGUUGCGGGGGAAUACCCUGGCCAUGGAGUGGGCCAACUCGAGGGAGCUGCUGGCGGUCGCUGGCACGCUUUUGCCUGAAGGGACAGAAUCUCCUGACUCGCCCCCGUUCAAGAAUGUAGUGAAGUUCUACUCAGACGUCGGCAGUCUCAUCUACACAGUGCCCGUGCCCUAUAAUCAGGCAAAAGUCUCAGCUCUAACCUGGGGCCACGCGGCGCGGCGUCUCUUCGUUGCUUGCGGCGGCGCGGUGGCCACGGCGCGCGUGUGGCGAGUGGUGGCUCCACUACAGUUACUGGCCAGGGUGCGAGCCGCGCAGUCGCUGGCCGCGCCGCAAGCCGCCGCCCAGCUGCCGCUGCCGCCGAGGCUGAUGCCGCUGGUGGCUAGUCUGUUUGCUCAUACGAUUAGGUGCAACGUGCCCGAAUGCAACGACCUCCGCCGCUUCGUGUCCCGCCCGCCCGCGUCGCCCGGCCGCCUUCACUGCACCAUGUUACGUCAUGACGACGAGGAGGCUGGAGCUUACACCCUGUACCUCGAGCAUCUGGGCGGACUGGUGCCGCUGCUCAAGGGAAGAAGGACCAGCAAGAUCCGACCGGAGUUCGUGAUCUUUGAUCCGCAGGCUGAAGGCGAGAACCUAACCAACAGACUGACAGCGCGUGAGAGCAGCAGCAGCAGCAGCACCAGCAGCGCGGGGCGCGCCUCCCCCCGCGCGCCACGCACCCCGCGCCUGCGCCGCCGCCUGCCAGACCAUACCGACUCUUCUGACACUGAGAGAGAAGAGGGAUGCUCCGGAUCGCCGAGGCUACAGAGAAGGCGGAGAGCGAGAGAGCGACGGAAAAUGUGCAGCGCAGAGAGAGACGAGGCGAACGAGGAGUUGGCGUACAUCGACUCACUGCCCGAGGAUAUCCGUCUAGUAGAAGUAACGUCCAACAUUUGGGGGACUAAAUUCAAAAUGCACGGAUUAGCCAAGAAUGUGCCUGCCAACUUAGGACAAGUGACGUACAAGACUUCCUUGCUACACCUGCAGCCGCGACAAAUGACUCUUAUGAUCACUGAACUGAGGGACGAUUAUCCAGUAGGUCCAGACCCCACUUUUAACCCUAACAUAUUUUCGGAAGAUGAAGAAGACGUCUUCCAAUCGAAUGAUAAUGCUAACAACUCGCCGUCCCAUACUAAUAAUAACAUUAGAAGGAAACUAACGCUGAACGAAAGGGUCAAUAACACCAACAACAUAAUCCAGAAUGAGACUGCCAUUAAUAAUAACGCGAACCCUUCUUUAGCUCGCGCCGAAUCUUAUGACGAGUUUCCUUAUAUUGAUACUAAUAAUGAGAGUGUGAGUAAUGUGCCGGAGACUGUGUACAGCGCCCCGGUGCGCCACACGCCCGCGGCGACCGAGCGGCGCGUGAGUGGAACUAACAGUGUGCCGAACCGACACGCCAUCUCACCGCUCCGGUGUGAAGGAUCAGUACCAACAUUACAGUCCCCUAAAAACGCUGUAGCACCAACCGACAUCAUAUUCGAGAGGCCCUCCCCACAAACAGUCACCUGCGGAGGUCGAGGAGACUUCUGUGGAGGCAGAACAGACUAUAGCGUCCGCGGGGACAACGUCUCACUAAAGUCCAAUAUCGAUCAGCAACCGUUUAGCCUUAAUUUAAGCCUAGAACCGAGUAGACAAGUAACCAUUAAGAAGUGUGACAACCACGUCACCGACAAUUGCCUUUCGAAGCUUCGAAAGAACAUCUGCAGCCGUGGAGAGUCGGGGUCUUAUGAAACUAGGAUAUUGAAGUCUCUGUGCAACAAGAAUUACGAGAAUGAGGUGCAUCCGGAUGCGAUCUCGCGUCGGGGAGAUACGUUAAAGAACCUUCAGAAGAGUGAGGAUUUGAAGUUUAUUGAUGAGGAGUCGCCGGCGGAGGGCGCGGCGGGGGCGGGUCGGGGGGCGCGGGGCGCGGUGGCCAUCAGCCCGGUGGUGGGGGGCCCGCCGGCCGCCAUGCCGCGCUCGUGCAGCGUGGGCUACCUGGACCUGGUGGAGCACGCCGCCGUCCCGCUGGCCGCGCUGCGCGACCCGCCGCGCCGCCUCGUGCUCGUGCACAACAAGCGACACCGCAGGCAUCACAGGAACAGAGAACACUUCAAGACAGAUGCAAACAAGCCGAACGAUCUCGCCAAGACUCCGAGCCUGAAGAAGUGCGGGAAGUCAAAGAGCUUAGACUCGAGCGAGUUGAACCUGUCGUCUGAGAAGAGCGGCAAGCGGUCGUCGCGGCUGGACUUGCACGCGUCGAAGGUUGAGGAGUUGGUCAGCAGUAGGACUAGCACGGAGGAGACCAGCACAAGUGCGGAGGAGGCGCGGGGGCGCGCGCGCAACUACCCCGUGUGCACGUCGUGCCGGCUCGUGGCUCCCUACGACCGGCGCCCGCCCGCCUCGCCCUACGUGUGCGCCGCCUGCACCGCCCCCGCGCCCCGCGCCGCACCCCCGCCCGCGCCCGCGCCGCCCGCAGACAGCGACUCUGACUACAGCAAGUAUUAUAGUUCACUCGAACAACUGGCCCUCCGUCUCCUGGCAUCCCGCAGCAAGUCGCGCAGCAAGCAGCUGCAACGGGAGAGUGCGUCGGCGCCGACGUCCCCGCGGCCGGCGCGCAGCCAGCCCGCCUCGCCCGCGCCCGCGCCCCGCCCGGCGCGGCAGCGGUAUUCCUCUGCGUCGCCGAUACGACAACUGUUGAACUCGCCACUGCUGAAUCGGAGAAGAAAUAAGAAAGCGUCGGAGAGCUCAGACGACGAGAACUCCAACGGAGGGUACAGCGAGGUCAACGGCCGCAACUACCGCGACCUGGAGAGCUUCCAGAAAGCACAGCUUAGGAAUAAGAUAAAGCGCGCGGGCGGCAACAUAAACACGGCCGCCGCUGAACCUCGACCCUCGGACAAGCAGACGAAGCGGCAGCUCGUGAUGCACAACAAGGCGCCCAUGUGGAACGAGAACAGCCAGGUGUACCAGCUCGACUUCGGCGGCCGGGUCACGCAGGAGUCGGCCAAGAACUUCCAGAUAGAGUAUCAUGGGAAACAGGUGAUGCAGUUUGGGCGGAUCGACGGCAACGCUUACACAUUGGACUUCCAGUAUCCGUUCUCGGCACUUCAGGCGUUUGCAGUGGCACUGGCCAACGUCACGCAACGUCUGAAGUGAAUCUUCUCUAAAAUAUGUUAACCCUGCAAAGGUAUCGCUGUAGCGAACGAUAUAAAAAAUCUCUUAACGAUUCGGCAUACAUUUUACGCGUGAUAGCAAUAUGGAUUCGGUCUGAGUAGGCCUUUUUGUCAGUGAACACACUGUGUCGAAUAGUAGUCAUCGGAAUGUAUCGUAUUUAGGCUCUAUAAUAUAUAUCUAUGUCGCAAAACUCGAUUUAACCAAUACAAAGUACAUCGGUACUAAAUAGGUAUUACCUAUUUGCCUCGCCCUCGCACUCUAGGCUAGAUUUUAGUCGAGUGAUAGCGAAUAAACUACGAUAACGUGUAGCGAAUAAAAUAUCACCAUUUUUUUACUGCAUUAUACUGCAUCUAUCAUUAUUACCCUACAUUCCGAAAGAAAGGGUGUUCAAAGUUAAUCAUCGAUUAAUAAACAAUUAUCCGAGAAGAUACGCCUAC